AGCGACCUGUGGCGAAAGGCCCGAGCUCCGGGGUGUGGGGCUCGAGAGGAGGGCGAGGGCUGCUCGCCUCAGACGCUGUGGGGGCACGAGAACUGAGCAAUGAAUAAAUUACGGCAAAGCUUUAGGAGAAAGAAAGAUGUCUAUGUCCCUGAAGCCAGUAGGCCGCAUCAGUGGCAGACAGAUGAAGAAGGGGUUCGGACUGGGAAAUGCAGCUUCCCUGUUAAGUAUCUGGGACAUGUGGAAGUGGAUGAAUCAAGAGGAAUGCAUAUAUGUGAAGAUGCUGUGAAGAGGCUGAAAGCUGAAAGGAAGUUCUUCAAAGGCUUCUUUGGAAAAAGCGGAAAGAAAGCUGUUAAAGCAGUCCUGUGGGUUUCAGCGGAUGGACUCAGAGUUGUUGAUGAGAAAACAAAGGACCUUAUAGUUGAUCAGACAAUAGAGAAGGUUUCCUUCUGUGCUCCAGAUAGGAAUUUUGACAGGGCAUUUUCUUACAUCUGUCGAGAUGGCACUACACGGCGCUGGAUAUGUCAUUGCUUUAUGGCUGUAAAGGACACGGGAGAGAGGUUGAGUCAUGCAGUGGGCUGUGCAUUUGCAGCUUGCUUGGAGCGAAAGCAAAAAAGAGAGAAGGAGUGUGGGGUGACUGCCACGUUUGAUGCCAGCAGAACCACAUUCACAAGAGAGGGGUCUUUCAGGGUUACUACAGCAACUGAACAAGCAGAAAAAGAGGAAGUAAUGAGACAGAUACAAGACACUAAAGUUGAAACAGAUGUGAAAAUAGCUGCUUCAAGUGUUGUAUCUGGCAAUAUAGUCCCAUCCCCAAGUUCUCCAACCUCUCCUACGGCUGAAGCUGCAGCCUCUGUUGACAAAGAAUCAAAUAACCCUCAUGCUAUCCCACGCAGACAUGCUCCUAUAGAGCAACUUGCUAGACAAGGCUCUUUCAGAGGUUUUCCUGCCCUUAGCCAGAAGAUGUCCCCAUUUAAACGCCAGCUCUCUCUGCGAAUAAAUGAGUUGCCUUCAACAGUACAAAGGAAGACUGACUUCCCCAUGAAAAACUCAGUUCCUGAAAUUGAAGGAGAAGUGGAUAGCAUUAGUGCCCUGUGCUCCCAGAUUACAAAUGCAUUUAGCACACCAUCUGAGGAUCCUUUCUCUUCUGCCCCUAUGACGAAACCAGUCACUGCAGUUGCACCACAGUCUCCUGCUUUUCAAGUCAAUGGCACUGCCUCUGCCUUCAGUGUGCUUGCUGCUAAAUCAACUCAAACUCCUGUAGCGCCCACAGCAAUACCAGUUCGUGAAACCAAUCCUUGGGCUCAUGCCCCUGCUGCUCCAGCUGCUGCUAAAACUGGCGCUGCAGCCUCUCUUUCUGGUGCUGAAUGGAGUAAUAACUCGGGAGCUGCUUCACCAAAUGUGCUCCAGGCAAACCACAGACGCACUCCCUCGGAGGCAGACCGUUGGUUGGAAGAGGUAUCCAAAACUGUCCGGUCGCAGCCACCGCAGCCACCACCUCCAGCGCCCCAGCCACUUCUCCAGCCCCCUGCUGGCGCUUCUCAGGCAGCACCAGCUUUUCCAGUCAACACCUUCAUGGCACCUCAGCCAGUGCCUGUUGGCGUGGUGCAGCCCAUGCAACCUGCGUUUAUCCCAGCUCAGCAAUACACCGUAGCGAAUGGAAUGCCCUAUUCGGCUCCCAGUGUGCCAGUGGUUGGAAUCACCCCUUCCCAAAUGGUAGCUAACGUCUUUGGCACAGCCAGUCACACUCAAGUAUCCCACCCUCAUCAGUCCCCCGGUCUUAUAAAGCAGCAGACAUUUCCUCAGUAUGAAACUAACAGUGCGACUGCCAGCCCUUUCUUUAAACCUCCUGCACAGCAGCUCAAUGGCUCAGCCGCUUUCAAUGGGGUGGACACGGCCAAAUGGUCCACAGAGGACAAGCACGUACUGCCACCUGCAGCUGCGCAGCAGGUUGACCCAUUUGAAGCACAGUGGGCAGCGCUGGAGAGCAAAUCAAAGCAGCGCACCAACCCGUCUCCAACUAACCCUUUCUCAAGUGAAUUGCAGAAGACCUUUGAGAUUGAACUUUAAGCAGUCCUGUGGCUUGUGCUUCGUCUGCGUGUCUGUGUGUUGGGAUUGGAUGUACGGGGAUACAGGGAGCAGAGGGGGUUUGUGAGUAGCCGAUGUCCCUAUGGAAUCAGAGUGAGCCUACACAGAGGGAACAAUCAUGGGGAGGGGGAAGAGGCUCCCAGCCCCCCAGCCACAUAACCAUUGGGAAAUAAUCUAGGAAAUGUACCCGUACCAAUGGCCUUCCUGCUUGGGAACCUGAAUGGCAAAGGAAACCUCAAAAGGGCUGAAGAUGGGAACUGAGCCCUGAAGCCCUUUCCCCACAAGAACUUCGGAAGACCUCAUGAGAUGAAAAGCAAAUGACUCGCCACUACCUUUAGAGUGCGCCUACCUUCCUGUGAGUGACCCAUUCCCCUGAGGGGAAGAGAGGAGUAGUGGGAAGAGAGGUGCAGUGAUGAAUGGGCCAAAGGGGAAAAUGUGAAAGCUGCUCAGCGUAUGCUGUGGGAAAGGAUGAGCUUCCAUUUUGAGUAACAGAACGAUUAUUAUAUAUAUAAAAUAAAGCCAAAAUCUUUAUUUUUAUGCAUUUUAGAUUAUUUUAAAUAGUUCUAGAUAUUAAAAGCUAAUGAGUUGUAAGUAAUCUUGCCAAAGUUAUAAAGUGGGGGGGGGGGUUGGAUGUAAAAUUGUACAUAAGAUUGAUUUAUCACUGAUUCUUACAGUCAGGAAUAUGGGAGUAGGGUGGGCGGGAGAGUUCCUAGCUUGUUCUUGUAUGUUCAUUGUAAAGUAGCAUAUUGCAACCACAAUCAUGAAUCAUGACCAAUAAAAAGAAUCACUAUAGAGUAGUUUAAGAGCAGUAUUGUCUUGGUUUGAAAACAAUUGGUAAUUUUUAUCUUCUUUUUUUAAAAAAAAAAUCAAACUAGAUAUUAGAAUACGUAUAGGUUCUUUCAUGUAGUCCUGCAGUUUCCUUGUCUUAAAUCUGUUUUAACACUACUGUGACAACUUAACUGUUAUCAUAUCUACAAUCAGGUCUACUUGAGAACCCAUUUUAUGUGCAUUGAAUAGAUUUUUUCUUUUCUUU